GAAAGACAAGAAACAAAAGCAGUUACUCAGCCAUUCCCUGUUCCAUUACAUAGUACGUUAGUAUUUUCUUCAGAUAAGGUUGCAGAGACGCUCCAAGCUAUUCCUCAGAAUUUUCAAUGAAAGGACAACCGGUUUUAGAUACUCAGGUAAAAAUGGCUUCUUUUCAUGAUGUAAGAGAGCUUCGGGGUAACCAGGGUGGGGAAGACGAAGUGGAUGUGAUAUCAAUGGAGCCCAUCACCAUGAUAGUGCCGUCGGAGUUGCAGGAUUUGCCCAGAACCAUCACGCUGAAGAGUAGCGCUAGUUCGAGCGCAGGUGGUGGUUCUGGUGACCGCCGUUCUUCGACUUCUUCUAGCGAUUCGUCCGCGGAAGAGACACCUAGUGAAGCGGGGGGUGUUGAAGAGGGUGGUUGUAGUGUGCCGGCGAUAAGUACGGAGGUGGAGGUGGAGGCGGUUGUGUUUGAAGGGUGGGAGGACAAGGUGAUCAAUGGGAGACUGGACAACCUUCGCAAGGUGCCCAAAACCCUACUUGCUGGCUUUAGGUUCAGGGCGGCACUGCACCACAAAGUUGUAGACGGUGUAGCCACGGUGAAAGGGUUUAAAAAAUUGGAGGAGAUGGUGAGACAAUACCAGAUCCCCAAAACUAUCCUGAUCCGAGUUGGGACACCAAAUGCACGGGUGUGCACAGUAUCGAGGACGGGCUGGGUGUUAGUAUAUGCAGACCAUUUUGACGCCAGUUUGCGUUUUCCUCUACUCGGACUAAUUUUUGAUGUCCUGGUUGGGAGUGCCUGCGAAGGCGGCAGUCUUCAGGUUGCUUUUCCUGUGCCGUUUACGCCCCUCCACCAAUGGGACGAGAUGCUACUAGAUCACAUUAAGGCAAGGGGUUUAGUGGAUUUAGAAGCCUUAGUUACCCCAGAGCAGCUCGCGUUACUUGGGUUUGUCGACGUGGCAAACCUACAUGCUGAAGGAGAAAUGAGCAGUAUUCUGGAGAGGCAGCGUCAACGAGCACAAGGCUUGAGGAACCAUGGAGCUGGGUCCGGUUCCCAACGUCAAACUCGCUUUGACAAGUGGCCACCUGCUGCACUGGGGCGUAGUUCGUCCCACAGAAGUUCGAGCUCGACACCAAGACAGCGUGCCAAGCAAAGACCCGCUUCAACCGUUGCUGUGUGGCCUGCCAACGUGCCCUUAGCGUUGGCACGUGAGGUUGUUGAACCAACGCCUGCCUCGUCAUCUGUAUCAGGGCUAAGAAUUGCAUACCCGGAAGGCUUCAAUUACAUCAAAACUGACUGCCAAGCCGCCAUGAUGCAAGGUAUGCAGAGCUUUGUGCCCCCUGUAGAUCAGCAACGUACAAAGGGCUACGUCCAGCAGCAUGGAAGUCAUGUUGCUUUGCUGAAGUUGAUGGAUAAUUCUCUCUCUCAACCAAGAAAAUCCCAGUUCUGCUCUGCUUUUCCUCCCCUGUCCAUCGGCUUUGCUAGGAAUAAUCUCAUGUGUGUGAGUUGUGGUUUGCCAAAGCCAUGCUCUCCUGCCCGUGAGAAAUGGGGAAAUUUUGGUAGCUUAAGUUAUGUUUUUAAGCUUGGCUUAAGUGUAAAUUAGCUUGAAUUGGGUUGUUGUGAUUUUGGAGAAAAAUCCCGUGAUAUUAGUUAUUGUUUUGCCAAUUUUGGAAGUUGAAGUUACUGUUCACGGUACUGUUCAUCCCUGUCGACCUGACGGAUGAUUAGCUUAGGAUUUUCUUUGUUUCUUUUGUAUUUCAUUUGUGUUUUUGUGUUCGUUAAUGAACCAAUUCAUCAUGU